AUGGAGGCUCGUCCAGUUCAGAGAUCAGGUUCUAGGGAGCUCAGUAACCUAGCACGCACUUCUUCAAUUCCAUCAACACCAAACCCUUUAGCAGCAGAAGAUGUUUUCAUGAGAUCAGACAACACUCACUUAAUGUCUAGACCGUUAGGACAAACCUACCAUUUACUCCCUUCCAGCAACGGAGGAGCAGUCGGACAUAUCUGUUCCUCGUCAUCGUCCGGUUUCUCGACCAAUCUCCACUACUCAUCUAUGGUGUCUCACGAGAAACACUAUCAAGGAGGAAGCAGCAGCAGCAGCAGCAACGCUGCCACGCAUCUCGUAUCUCAGGCAUCGAGCAACAACGACGGUUCUUGGUGCCCUGAUUCACUCCCCGGAGGGUUUAUUGACUUCCCUGAAACCCACCAGGCCAUUCAGAACAACGGCCAGCUCGACGACGGCGGCAUUGGCAUCGGCGCGGCGUUUGACGACAUUCAGAAACGAAGUGAUUGGCAAGAAUGGGCUGACCACUUGAUCACCGAUGAGGAUCCUUUGAUAUCUACUAACUGGAACGAUCUCUUGCUUGACACAAGUUCCAACUCAGAUUCAAAGGACCAGAAAGCUCUGCAAAUUACACCGCAACCUCAGAUUGUUCAGCAGCAACCUUCUCCGUCUGUGUCAGUGGAACUGCGACCUGUGAGCACAACAUCUUCAAACAGUAAUAACGGAUCGGGCAAGGCACGUAUGCGUUGGACGCCAGAGCUUCACGAGGCUUUUGUUGAGGCUGUCAACAGUCUUGGUGGCAGUGACAGAGCUACUCCUAAGGGUGUGCUUAAGAUUAUGAAAGUUGAAGGCUUGACUAUAUAUCAUGUCAAGAGCCAUUUGCAGAAGUAUAGGACGGCUAGAUAUAGGCCAGAACCAUCAGAAACUGGUUCGCCAGAGAAGAAGUUGACACCGCUUGAACAUAUAACAUCUCUUGACUUGAAAGGUGGGAUAGGUAUCACCGAAGCUCUGCGACUUCAGAUGGAAGUACAGAAGCAACUCCAUGAGCAGCUCGAGAUUCAAAGAAACCUGCAACUCCGGAUAGAAGAACAAGGCAAGUACCUGCAAAUGAUGUUCGAGAAGCAAAGCUCUGGUCUCAGCAAAGGGGCAGCCUCAACAUCAGAUUCGCCACCCAAAUCCGAGAAAGAAGCCAAGAAAACCGCUGAUUUAGAGGAGCUCGCACCCGAUGAAGCCAGUAGGAAAUGCCAAGAGCCAGAAUCUCCGCAGGCAAAGCGCGCCAAAACCGAUAUUUGA